AUGCCCCCCCUCCUCGGCAAUACACCUGUUGUUCCGCAAAUCGCUGCCCCCCUCGAUGGAAGUGGCAGCACUCCUCUAGGAAGUGCACGACGUCAACCAACGUCGGCAAGAUCAAACGGACAGUCGAUCGCGGAAGAUGUCUCUGUACGGAAGCAGCUCGCAAACAAUGAGGGUUCGUCGAUGACAGGGGAACUCCCCGCGAUCCCUUCGACUAUGCUGGGCCCGAGGAGUGCCUCUGGUGAUCACAACAGUAGGUCUAAAGGGGAGGAGGGGGAGGGAGAAAGGGCGCCCAUCAUUGAGAAGAAGAGAGGAGUGUACGUGGCAAACGUUCACUCCAGCGCCUUACGCGGGCUGUGCUGCUGGCGUGAGCGUCCAGUGGACAGGAGAGGGAGUGCCUCGCAUGGCCGAGACUCGCCAAGGUGGCAACUCGUGGAGGCCCGCUACAAGGGAAACCUCGCCAGCGAGGAGCACCGAGGAGACGGAAGUGAUGCUGGCAACGCCAAGGCUGUCUUCGAGGGCUCGUCUUCGCCUGCCUCUUUCGAUGAGUUGUCUAAGGCUCGGUUUAAGAUGACAGCGCGUUCAGUGCUCCUAGCCAGGGCUGUAGAGUCGUUUCUGUGGGGGGAGGAGCCGCUGCAUAUCGGUGCCGACGACAGAAAACCUGGCUCCGGUGUCAAAGGUGGCAGCGGUACCAACUGUUCUCUUUCACAGCGCUGGCGGGAGUACGAUCAACAGGUUCAGCUUUCCUUAGCCAGCGCAAAUCCGCAGGCAUACUACGACGAAGUCACGGUGUGCGGAAACUGCAUGGAGAUAUGCCGCAAGCUUGAUUCCAUCCGAGCCUCGGGCUUUCCGGACCCUGCCGGUGCCGCUCUUGCCGGUGGUGCAACCACCGCUGGUGCCACCUGGUCCAGCGGGGAUGCUAGCAGCUUGUCGGGCGAACCCGCUCUGCGACCGAGGUCUGAACCGCUCCCUGAGUGCAUCGCCGCAACAACAGGAAACGAAAGACGGCCGGGCACAGCAGCAACGGGACGCGAGGCUGGCGCCGCUACUAUGACUGCGGAUAAUUCUCGUCCAGGACCGCCAGGAGAAGCGGUGGAUCCCGACGGAAACACAAACCAUGAAGGGAGAGAUGCAGUCGUCAUGGAAAGAGAUACGCGAAGGGAUGACGGCUUGGAAGGUUCGCAAACAGUGCGACCGAACGAGAAUGCUGAGAGUAGCGGCACCAGCUUGGGGGAGUCGAUGCCCAAACGUUCUGGAGGUGAAGUCCCCAUGAGUGCUGGACCAAAAUCAGAGAAGGACAUCGACAUCACCGCAGAAGGGAACGAAGAAGCGGGGUUGGUAAGAGCGCCUAGAACGGCGCGCUCUGGCAACGAAAAGGCUUCGCCCGUGCGCCUCGAGAAGCGAAACACCGCGAAAGCCACCAUGGAGCGUAUGUCAAGCGUUUACGGCGAGGGCACCAUAGCGGGCGGGAGAAAUCAUGCAAAAUCAGGUGGCAGCAACAAGAGCAAGAAGGGCACCAGCAGGAAAACAGGCGGCGGCGGUGGUGCUGUUGGCGGCGAGUUGCCAAAUGUGGCAACCAUCGCGCGCUUUGCCAUCGAGCGCGAGCGACUGGCGCGAGAGAUGGGGGUAGACGAACUAGGCGGCCCUGCUUCCCUAGGAGUUGUGAACGUUGGUGUGACUGCAGCGGCACACGGGCAUCGGCAGAAGAAGGGUAACCUCAACGACGAGGUCGGGGGUAUCGGGAGCAAGCGGGUCAAGAACCACCAGCAACGGAGGGGCAGGGGGGGUGACGUCGAUGGUAGUAACGGAGUCGGAGACUACCGUAUCGGCGAGAAAACCGUUAAUCCUUUGCCUGCAGCAUCGGGAGCUUUGGCAGGCGAGAAAAUCGCCGGAGAAACGCUGCUGGACAGGCUGGAAAGCGUCGCCGAGGCCAGAAGUAUUGAGUCAGCCGGCGGCGUCCACGGAGGUGGCAGCCGUGCAGAAGAAUACAUAAAACACGACGACUGGCGCCACAACGACGAGGAAGAAUCAUCGCUUUUCAGCGAUCCCGCAAGAAAGAAUGGACAACGAGCGGCCAGAGGAGAAGCAGCAUGGGACCCCGUGCCUCCUCCUUUGGCCGCAGAGCUUUCCACGACCGAGUCGGCGUUCUUGGAGCGUUCCCGACGGCACGUUCGCCUCGACGGCGGAGGCGCAGCUGCGACGGGGUUAAGGGGUGGCGAUGACUCCCUGUUUGGCAACCACUUCGAGGCGGGCUUCCGGAACGAGAGCGGCGGCGUCGAUGGCAGCGGAAGCAGCGGCGGUGGUCGCGGCGAUGGGGGUGGCGGGGGGCAUGUCGCGACAAUAGCCGCACUGCGAGAUAGGCUUGCGAGCGUGGAGGGCGAGAACGCCGCACUGAGGGCGAGGGCCCGGAGAGCGGAAGAGGAGCGGGCGGCGGAGGCAGCCAGGGGUGACAGGGCUAGCAAAAAGCUGGCACAGGCGCGAACGGAAUUCUCGCGGGCCAUGUCGGAGAAGGACGAGGAUGGCCGCCGGAGGGAGCUGGCCUUAGAGGAGAGACACUCUCGAGAGCUAGCAAAAAAAUCGCAGACUUCUGCCGAAGAGAUGAUGGUAGCGGUAUCGGGGUCGGGCGAGGAGAGCGAGGGGUUGGGAGCCGGCCAGGGCGGUGACAGGAAGGCUGUUGCACCGGGCGCGAUGGAGCGCAAAUCUAGCAAGAGCCUGAUAGCACGGUUGGAUCAAGCCUUCCGGGACAUGGCCGAGCAGCAGCGCCGCUUUGCUCAGACCAAGCGAAAUCUACUCGCCGAGAAGACUAUGGAGGUAGCCGCUGCCGAGGCAAAGGGGAGGCGCGAGCUCCAAGAAGCUCGAACCUUGGCGGCGGCUAUGGAGGACAAAGCUUCUUCUCUACAGGAGCACGUGUCGGAAGCAGCGAAGAAAAUCUCGACCUUCAAGGCGAUGGAAGAGGAGCAGAGGAAGAGGCGCCAAUCCGCCGAAGAAGACACCGAGAAGAUCAGGAAAGAAAUAAGCGUGCUGCGUCAAACUGUGCAAGCGAGCCAGUCGGUGGACGUGGCAGACGAAUCCGGCGGGCGGCGCGACGCGCAGAGCACCUUGGCAGCCGUGACGGCCACCUCAGAGGCGAGGAUUCGUACGCUCAACAACAAGGUGGAUUUUCUGAAGGCACAGCUUGCCUCCGAGCAGACGCUGAAGGCGGAAGUCGAAGCUGCCCUCGCGCUGUCGCGGAAGAGUGUGUUCGAGGCCAAGGAUGAGUCCAGGAAGCAGGCCGCUGCGUCAGACAAGGCUAGGGAGGCGGCCGUCGAGGAAGCGGUUAGCCGCGUCAACCGUCAGGUCGAGGAGAGCAUGAGCGAGACCUAUAGGGUCCAAUCCAAGGUACAGACGCUGCAAGACCAGCUUAGCGAUGCGCUGGGAGAUCUGUCUAUGGCUAGAAGGAGAGAAGAGGCACUAAAGGCGGAGGUUGCGGUGAUGGCUACCAAAUUGGAGGAUCGGGGGACGGAGCUCGCCAAAGCGCAGUCGAGAGCCGACGACCUCGCCGAAGCGCGCGCUGCCGAUACGGAGUCCUCCGCCGACCGGGCCGCUCGGGAGGCCGUGGUGCGCCGGCUGGACAACGAGCGGCAGUACCUCAAGAGCCAGCUUCAGACGGAGAUCACGUGCAAAGACGAACUCCGGGAAGCCCUUGCAAAGGCCACUCGACAGCUAGGAGACAUCAAGGUGGACUGGGCCGACGAGCAAGCCUCGAGGACGGAUGAGUUUCAGCAAGAACUGCAGGCCAAGACGAAGGCGAUGAGCGAUCUCAACGCCGAAAAGGUGGCAAUGGAGGCCGAGCUCGUUGCGAUAACCCGACAGGUCGGGCUGCUCAAAGAGGGGUACUCCAAGGCCAGAGACAACCUUAGAGCGGAACAAUCGGCCCUUGAGACGGCUCGGACCGCCAACCGUCGUCUUCGGGAGGAGGUAAAAGCCUGCACCGAGGAGCUCGCUGCCAUCAAGACCCAGCAGGAAGAGGAUGCCAGGAGACACAGCCAGAGCUUGGUCGCCGCGAAGACUGCACUGGACGAGGCCGACGAGGCGAAGAGGAGGCAGGCCGUUGAGCAGCAGAUGCAGCUCCGUGGACAACUCCUUAAGACUGGGGAGGUGCAGCGUCGGCUCAUGGAGCUUCAGAACGAACUCGCAGUGCGAGAACGCGCUGCCGAACGCCUUCUUGCCGCCGAGCGCCUGGGGCAAGGGUUAACGCGGUGGUGCACCAAUAGGAGAGCGUCCGCCUUCUACCGCAUCGUGAGCGGGGUAACCAUGGUGGCAGCCGAGAGUGACGUCAGAGAACGCACCCGAAGAGCUCUCAGGGAGGCCGGGGAGGGAGCGCGUAGGGCGCAGAAGGCGGCGGUCGAGGAUGCUCGAAGAGCGGUCAUGGUGAAGGCUGAAGAUGAACUCGCGGAGGCCGAGCGAGUCUUCGCCGAGGAGCGAGACAGGCUGCUGGAGGAAGCCGAAGCCGCGGCGGCGGUUUCCGCGACCCAGGUGCAGACCAUCGAAGAGCUCAGGGCGCUCGAGACAGGAACGAGACGCGAGCUCGAGAAAGCCAGGGCGGAAGUUAAGGAGAACUCCAAGAGGUACCGGGAGACGUCGGAACGAGCGGCACAGGAGGCGAAACUUCGAGCCAAGGAGCGGGUUGAGGCGGCGAUCUCCCGCACCAAGGAAGCCUGCGAAGAAGCCAACGCCAAGGCGAAGGAAAAGUCGGACGAAAAGUGGCGGGGUGUGCUGCGCGAGGAGCUAAAAAAGGCAGAGGACGAGGCGGCGGCGGUGGCGGCUGCAGCCAGCAGGGAUCACGACGCGCUCCUGGAGGAAACCCAACAGGCGUUCCGCAUGGAGCGAGAACGCCUCCGCGAAGAAGCCGAGCGCCUGGCCUCGGCCGCCACCGAGGCCGAGCGACAGCGAGGCCUCACGCUCUGCGCCGAGGCGAAGGCCGCCGGCGCCGCCGAAGCCGGCGCCGCUUUCGCCCUGACGCGGGAGCAAGACCUGGCCGAGGCCGAGCGGAAGCGAGAGGAGGCCUUGGAGGAGGCCGCCGGGCGCGCCAAGGAGGCGGAGGCGCUGGCGCGCUCCGCGCAGAGGGAGGCGAAGAGGAGGUCGGAGGCGGAGGCGGCGGAGGAGAGGGGGAGGCUGGAGAGGGCGCUGGCGAAGGCGAGGGAGAGGGCGGUGGAGCUGGAGGGGGGCAAGUGGAAGAGGGCGUCGGAGGAGGCGGAGGCGCGCGCGGCCGCGGAGCAGGCGGCCGCGUACGAGCGAGGUACGGCGGACAGAGGGCGGCAAGCCGAGGUGGAAGCUUUGCAGCUGCAAGACGCAGCAGAGAAGGCCCUCGAGGAGGUGAAACAGGGCGCCCGGACCACCAUCGAGGAAAUGGCUGCUCGACAUUCUGAAGAACUCGAGGCGGAGAGAAAGCGGGUUUCCGACGAGGAGGCGGUUGCGAGGGAGGCGGCGCUGAAGGCCGCGGGUGAAGAGUUCUCGCAACAGCAAACGAAGGCCGUCGCCAAUGCUCGGGCGGCCGCAACGGCGGAGGCGAGAGCGCGCGCCGAGCGGGAACGAGGUUUGGCGGUGGAAGCGGCUAAGGAGAGAGAACGCCUUGCCACGGAGAAAGUUCAGGACGAGCUUCGAAGUUCGAAGACGGAGUGGGCGGCGGAACGCAGGAGGCUAAAGGAGCAGAUCACGCUGCUGGAGGAGGCAGAACAGAAGGCUAAGGACAACCUUCUCCGGGCGAUGGCCAACAGCAGUCAGGCCACUCAAAAGGCUCGAGCGAGGUGGGAGGAGAGCCAAAAGUCGGCUAUGGAGAAGGCGGCGGCGGAGGCGGUGGAGGAGCGAGAGAAGGCUCUCGAAGAUGCACGCAGGGCAUUCAACCGAGAGAAGAAGCGAGCCCUGCUGGAAAGCCAGGACGCCUUCACGGCCCAGGCGGAGGCCAUGGCGGAGAGAAUACGAAAACAAGCGAACGUUUCCCUGCAGAAGGCUGAGGGACUGUAUGCGGAGUCACAGCAAGAGAAGGAUCUCCUCACCGCGGAGCUCGAGAAGUGCCGGAACACUCUGGAGGAGUGCGAGUCAAGCCUUGUGCACAGUGAGGCGGACCUGAAGGAGCAGUCCGUGACCCACUCUGUCGCCACGUGGAGAAUGGCCGUCGCCUCGAUCAACCUUCGCGUCGUGAACGAAAAGGCGGCGAAACAACUUCGCGACGAGGCAGCCCAGCGGGAGGCGGAGGCCGAGUCGAUGUUCGAAGCACAGAAGGAGACCCUGUACACGGUAGUGGACGAAUUGAUGGACAUGGCGUUUGAUUCCCGGAGGCGGUUCGCUUCCAUGCAAGAGACUUUGGUCAACCACAAACGCGAGCUCGAAGAGCAACGUUUGCUGCUUCAGCGGGAGUUCCGGGAGCUGGAGGGCCAGGCCAAGAACGCCGAGAAGGAGGCGCACGCCCACUCGAGACAGAGCGCGAUAGGACCGGAUGGGAUGAUCAUCCCGGCCAGGGCUCGCAAGAAGCGCAGGCUGGACGAAGAGCUAGAGGGGCUCCUGGAAGCCAUGGAGGCCAAGCGGAAAGCCCUCGUCGCGGUCGAUGGCAAGCUGGGAGGGUUGGCCGAGUCGCGGGCGGAGAAGGAGGAAGAGAUGAAGGGUCUGGAGAGGACUUUGGUUCAGGUUCUGGUCGAGCAACAGAAGAAGCUUCUGUCGCUGCUCAGCGAGACCGGCGAACAAGCAGAGCAGCUGCAAGAGAUAGAUGAGCGAACCCGCUCCGCCAGGGAUGAGGCGAAACGACGCAAGGCCCAGGCAAAGAGGCAGCAACAAGAGCGCGGCGGUGGCGUAGCCGGCUAG